CUUCGCUUCUUCAGUUGCGCAUUCACCCUUGGCUCCAUCAAACUGGCAUCACCCAUCACCACUCCCCUUGGAUGGAAAUGACAGUUAAAGUAAAGAAGUCGAUCAUUGCUCAGAACGGAAGAGUUUACAUUACAAGUGAUUUUGCUACUUUCGGCAUCACUCAACCGUAACGAUGUUCAAACUGGCAUGUGAAGCGUUAAAACUAGUUAAGCGGUCGAAUCAUCAGAGAAAAUUAAAACGGCACGAAUACCCAUUUGCGGAUGUUGGCCAUCCUGUCACUGUUGCACUGCCGCCGAUUUGAAUGUCGGAUGUUUGACUGCGCGCAACGGACCACACAAUUCGUUAGUGCUACAGCUCUAUUUGACUGCGGUGUGCACGUUUCACCGUCCAAAAGAGACCAUGAGGGCCAUACUGCACCAGGUUGAGCUGAAAGAUUUUAAGACUUAUGGGGGGAAAGUAUUAGUUGGCCCUCUGAAAUCUUUUAUGUCGGUUAUAGGACCCAAUGGCACAGGCAAAUCUAAUUUUCUCGAAGCCAUAUUAUUCGCUCUCGGAGCCAAAAUCGACGAAUUGCGAGUCAAUAGACCGGGUGAGCUAAUUCACAAAGCAGCUACUGGAAAACCGGCCUCAAAGAAUGCAUAUGUCACAGUUGUAUUUAAACAUGAUGAUGGGACCUUUUCCAAAUUCAGACGUUUGGCCUCAAGGUCAGCUCAGGAGUACUUGUUUAAUGGAGAGGCUGUUUCUUUGGGAAGAUACUUGAGUGAACUUAAAAACUUAGGAAUCAAUGUAAAAGGCAAAAAUUUUUUUGUAUAUCAAGGAAGAGUUGAAGAAAUUGCUGUAAUGAAUGCAAAGGAAAGAACAGCCUUGUUUGAGGAAAUUAGUGGUUCUAAUGAAUACAAGAAAGAAUAUGAGCAACUUAAAGUUGAAAUGAGUAAUAUAGGCAGUGAGACACAAUCAAAUUUUGUUAAGCAACGUACCUUCAAAAAUGAAUAUAAAGAUGCUAAACUCAUGAGGAAGGAGGCUCAAAACUUCGAACAGCUUUCAAAAGAUCUGGUUGACAAGACCACUUUACUCAGACUUUUUAAAUUGUUUCAUAUUGAUGAAGCUUAUAAGAUACAUCAAGAGAAGAAGUCUGAGAAAGAUAAACUAUUAGAAGAGGAAAAAUCCACCAAGAAAGCGGAUGAAGCCAAAUUGAAACGAGCAAAGAAAUCCCUUGGAGUUGCAGAAAGGGCAUUAGCUUCGAUGGAGGAUCAAGUUCAAGAAAAGGAAAAAGAAAUAAAUAAGAAGCUCCCAAAGCUCCUAAAAGAUAAAGAGCAAUUGUCACACAUUGGUAAAAAAAUCUCAACAGCCCAACUGUCAUUGCAACAGGCUCAGAAAGCUCAUGAAAAGCAUGCAGACAUCAUGAAAAGUCUAGGGAGAGAGCUGUCUAAAGUUGAGGCAGAACAACAGAGUUAUGAAAAUCAAAUUGCUGAAGAGAGCAUUAGCCAAGGCAGAGAUGUAGAACUCGAACAAUCUCAGGCUGAUGAGUACAAUGAGCUGAAAAGGCAAGCUAUCAGGUCAUCAGUUUCUAUCCAACAACAAUUGGAAACCCUAACAAGAGAACUUAGAGCAGCCCAAGAUCAGAUUGACUGUAAGAAGAGGAAAUACACUGAACUUGAAAUUAAAAUCAAACAGAGGGAACAUGAGAAAGAAGAGGAAAUAAAACGUUUAGAGAAGAUUUCUGCUCAUAUUCUUUCCAAUGAGAAGGAACUUGAAGAACUGAAGGAACGUUCUAUCUCUGCUACUGAUAUUACUGUACUUAAACGUCAAAUGGAUGAGAUGCAACAUGAAUUGAAUGAAGUACUCUCUGAACUGAGAGAUGCUCAAUCAGACAGAAAUGAACAUAGUGAUCUGAAUAGGAAGUAUAAAGUUAUGCAGAAACUGAAGGACUUGUACCCCGGCGUAUAUGAUAGACUGAUAAAUUUGUGUGAGCCAAUUCACUCAAAGUAUAAAAUAGCAUUAACCAAAGUAAUGGGUAAAUGGGUUGAUGCAAUUGUUGUGGACAAGGAGACAACUGCUCGUUUGUGCAUACAAUUUCUCAAAGCACAGAUGAUGCAACCUGAAGUUUUUUUGCCCUUGGAUUAUAUUGAGGUCAAACCUAUCCGAGAUGCCUUAAGGAGCAUAAAGGGAGCCUCUUUAGUUUAUGAUGUAAUAAGGUUUAAUCCUUCGGAGAUUAAAAAAGCAGUUGUGUUUGCUACUAAGAGUGUUUUGGUUUGUGAAACAGAUAAAGAAGCUUCACAAGUUGCCUAUGAAACAUACCCAGAUAGACAACUGGAUGUGGUUUCAUUGGAUGGCAUAUAUUAUCAAAAGAGUGGGCUAAUUUCGGGUGGAAUGAACCAUCUUGUGCAGAAAUCAAAGCAAUGGGAUGAGAAGCUACUGAACCAAUUGAAAGAGAGAAAGGAACAUCUCACUGAGAGCCUCAAAAGCUUAGCUAAGCAAAUACGCUUGGAAUCUGAGUCAAAUGUUUCUUUGGAAAUUAAGGGAUACAAUACAAGGAUUGCUGUUAUGAAGACUGACGUUGAGAAAACAAAAUCUAAGAUUGCUUCAGUUGACAUGACACUGCAUGAACUGCAGAUGAAGCUUCAAGAUUUGGAGCCACAAAUUACGGAAGCUGAGAGAGAGAUUCAAAUUCGUGAUGUCGAAAUAAAGAGGUUGGAUAGACAACUUCGGUUUAUAGAAGAUGAUGUUUUUGGCCAGUUUUGUCAGAACAUUGGUGUGGCGAACAUAAGGGCUUAUGAGGAAGGAGGGCUAAGGUCUCAAAAAGAAAGACUGGAAGCUCGCAUGGAGUUUGAAGAACGCAAGACUCGUAUUCAGAAUGAGAUUGAAUACCAAAAGACUGUGGAUACAGAGGCCAAUAUCAAACGGUGGAGCGAUGAAGUUGAGAUUCGUCUGGAAGCCUUGGCUAAAGCACAAAGGGCUAUUGAAGAACAUGACAGUUUUAUUGCAACUGACCAAAGUGAAUUAGAACAAUACAAAGAACAAGCUGCAAACCAGAAAAAAGAAGUUGCUUCUGCAAAACAAGCAAAACAUGAGCUGGAAAAAAUAAUGAAAUCAAAAUGCGAGGCUGUGCAUACUCUUCAACAAGAGCUUCUGUCGGUAGAAUCAGAAAUGGAAAGACUCAUUAAUGCACGCCGUUUGCUGCUCAUCGAUUGUAAAGCAGAAGGUAUUGUCAUACCGCUACUGCAGGGGGACUUGGAAUCUCUUGCUGCGGGUAGAUCAGAAUCCACGUCUGAAACUUCAAGCACUGCUUCAGACAUAGUUAUUGACUAUGGUGAUCUUCCUGAUAAUUUAAAAAAUAUUGAUGAGGAAAUAGUAAAGGAAAAUGAAGAAAAUCUAAAACAUGCAGUGCUUUCCCUACACAAGAAACUGGGUUCAUUGAAAGUGCCAAACUUGAGGGCAGAGGAAACACUUGAUGAGACUAGUAAAAAGUUAAGAGAAACAGCUGUUGAAUGCAAGGAAUCUCGUGAAAAGGCCAAACAAAUAGCAGAAAACUUUGAAAGGAUAAAAAGAAAACGGUUUGAUAAGUACAUGGACCUUCUUGAUUUUGUGUCAGAAAAAAUUGAUAGUAUUUACAAGGGAAUAACACAAUCGAACUCUGCUAUGGCAUUGAUAUCUGCUGAAAAUCCCGAGGAACCAUAUUUGAGUGGUGUGCGAUAUGAUUGUAUUGUACCAGGGAAGGCGUGUAAGCCAAUGGAAAUCCUGUCCGGGGGAGAAAAAACAAUUGCAUCUCUUGCUUUACUUUUGGCAAUUCAUCAGUAUGGAUCUACCCCAUGUCUUAUUUUAGAUGAGGUAGAUGCUGCUCUUGACAAUACAAAUAUUGGAAAGGUUGUAAGGUACCUAUCUCAAAUGAAAGAAAACUUCCAAACCAUUGCUGUUUCCCUGAGGGGAGAAUACUUUGGGGAAGUAGAUGGAUUAGUUGGUAUCACUAGGCAUUUACAGGAUGGAGAUCAACCCAAAAGCUUGGUCUUCCUGUUAGAUCUUGAAGUAUAUCCCAGGGAUGAAGAGUGAAGGGGAGAGGAAUUUCUUUUCAAGACAAAUUUUAAUUUUUUUCAAAAUUCAAUUUUUAUGAAUAUAUUUUAGUUUCUUUUAACACUUAGGUAGUUUUGUUAUGUACUUGCGAGUCUUUUUAGUUUUGUUUUACCCUGUGAUUUUGGUAUUCAUUUCUGAUGAAUACUUAAGUUGUUAAAAGCUGACAUUAAAAAUUGUUUUUUUUU